UUUGGCUACUUUCCAACCUCUCUGAAUCUCUUCUUCGUCUUCGCGAUUUCGAAUGGAGUUCGUGAACAUCGAGAGCAGCGAUGGAAUCAAGCUCAGCGCGAGGCUCUUCAAGGCCUCCAGCAACGGGAACGAGGGCAAGAGCAACCUCGCAGUGGUGCUCGUCCACCCCUACACCGUGCUCGGUGGUUCCCAAGGCCUUCUCCGGGGGAUCGCUGAAGGGCUCGCUCAGAGAGGGUUCACUGCCUUGACUUUUGAUAUGAGAGGAGCUGGUAGGUCUUCCGGCUGGGCUUCCUUAACGGGCUCUUCGGAGAUCCAGGAUGUGAUUGGGGUUUGCAAAUGGGUGGUGGAGAAUUUGAAGCCUGAUGGGAUUGUUCUUGUGGGAUCAUCUGCAGGGGCACCAAUAGCUGGCUCAGCGGUCGAUAAAAUCGAUCAAGUUGUGGGUUAUGUGAGUCUAGGAUACCCAUUUGGCUGGACUGCUUCAAUCCUCUUCGGGCGGCAUCACGAGGCCAUUCUCCGCUCUCAGAAACCAAAACUCUUCGUCAUGGGCACGAAAGAUGGCUUCACAAGUGUGAAACAAUUGCAGAACAAGCUCAAGUCAGCUGCAGGACGAGUUGAAACCCAACUGCUCGACGGCGUGAGCCAUUUUCAGAUGGAAGGACCAGCUUAUGAUGAACAGAUGGCAGAUCUUAUUACCAAAUUCAUUCAAUCCUUGUAGAACAAUCAACAGUGGAUUUCUUAUAGCUGUGAAUUUAGAUUUAGUAGUCAUCUUGUUUUGUGUGGUUCUUGUGAGGAAUUCAAAUGCACUGGCAUGUAUGAAAAACAAGGCUGUGACUUUCUUCUUAUUGUGUAUCAGUCAUAAUCACAAUGUCCAUUUCCUUGUAUUAAUUCGUCACAUUUGUGCUA